AAUAAAGGGAAGAAAAUCCAGCAGAGAAAAGAAGAGAGAGGAAUUCCAGCUGUGGAGGAAUAGAGGAGAAGAGAGAUAGAGAAGGAAGAAGAGAGGAAUACAUUUCAAGCAAGAAGGAGUUUUGAUUUAUUAUAUUUGCAUUUGUUUUGAGAGUAAAAAAAAAAAGGGAAAAAAAAAAGAAAAAAAUCUAUAAGCAGGAAAAAGAGAAAGAAAGAAAGAAGAAAAAAAAAAAAAAGAAAAAAGAAAAGAAAAAGCAACUGAGAAGGGUUAUAAAAAGAGCAAAUACCAAGAAGGGUGAACAAGAGAAGAAAGUCAAGGCAAGGAGGAGCCCAAAGCUGGCAGAUCGGGAGGAUUUGCAGGGGAGAAGGGGGGGGAAGAUUGGAAAUGCAGCUCUGGAGUUUGCUGCUGCCUCUUGCGCUUCUCUGUACAGCCCUAGCGAGUGGACCCGAAUGUGGGAUGGACGAGCGCUCCCGCAGGGCGCGGAGGGACACCAGGCAGAGCCGCCCGCCCCACCACACUGCCCCGGGCACCUGUGCCACCAGGUUAGCCCGGGGCAGGCGCUCCCCGGCCGGGCUGGAGCCCGGGCAUGGCCCCCGCAGGAGGCAACAGCGGGAGGUGAAGGACGCCGAGGAGUCCCUCACCCCGAGCAGGGCGCUCUAUUUCAGUGGGCAAGGUGAUCAGCUGCGGUUGAAAGCAGAUAUUGAGCUGCCCCGAGAUGCCUUCACUUUGCAAGUGUGGCUGAAAGCCGAAGGAGGACAGAGAUCUCCGGCUGUCAUUGCAGGACUAUAUGACAAAUGUUCUUACACCUCCCGUGACCGAGGAUGGGUCCUGGGGAUUAACACCGUCAGUGACCAGGGGAAUAGAGACCCCCGCUAUUUCUUCUCUCUGAAGACGGAUCGUGCUCGCAAAGUAACCACCAUUGCAGCACAUCGCAGCUACCUCCCCAACCAGUGGGUGCAUCUGGCUGCCACGUACGAUGGGCACCUGAUGAAACUCUAUGUGAAUGGUGCCCAGGUGGCCACAAGUGGAGAGCAAGUGGGCAGCAUCUUCAGUCUUCUGACCUUGAAGUGCAAGGUGCUCAUGGUUGGAGGAAAUGCGCUGAACCAGAACUAUCGGGGUUACAUAGAGCACUUCAGUCUCUGGAGGACAGCCCGGUCUCAGAAGGAGAUCUUAUUGGACAUGGGCCAGGCAAUUCACAGACAAGACACCCCUCUACCUCAGCUAGUUCUUCAAGACAGUUUACUGAAUGUGAAAAACACCUGGUCCCCCAUGAAGGAUGGCAGCAGCCCCCAGAGCAAGUUCAGUUAUCACCAUGGCUAUUUGCUGGAUACCAGCCUAGACCCUCCUCUCUGUGGACAGACCGUCUGUGACAACACAGAUGUAAUCGCCAGCUACAACAAGCUCCCCAGCUUCCGCCGCAACAAAAUCGUGCGCUACCGUGUGGUCAACCUCUAUGAUGACAAACACCAGAACCCCACUGUCAGCCAGCAACAGAUCGAGUUCCAGCAUCAGCAUUUAAAUGAGGCUUUCAGCCGCUACAACAUCACCUGGGAGCUGGAGGUGCUGGAGGUGAAGAACUCUUCCCUUCGCCACCGACUCAUCCUGGCCAACUGUGAUAUCAGCAAGAUCGGGGACGAGAACUGUGACCCGGAGUGCAACCACACCUUGACUGGGUAUGACGGUGGGGACUGCCGGCACGUGCGCCACACGCUCUUCAACAAGAAGAAGCAGAACGGGGUGUGUGACAUGGAUUGUAAUUACGAGAGAUACAACUUCGAUGGUGGAGAAUGCUGUAACCCAGAGAUAACAGAAGUCACCAAGACGUGCUUUGACCCUUAUUCUCCUUACAGAGCAUACUUGGAUGUCAACGAACUGAAGAACAUCCUCAAACUGGAUGGAUCCACACACCUCAACAUCUUCUUUGCCAAUUCCUCCGAGGAAGAGCUGGCUGGAGUGGCAACUUGGCCCUGGGACAAGGAAGCCUUGAUGCAUCUAGGUGGCAUUGUGCUGAAUCCUUCCUUCUAUGGAAUCCCUGGCCACACACACACAAUGAUCCAUGAAAUUGGGCACAGCCUGGGGCUCUAUCACGUCUUCCGGGGAAUCUCAGAAAUCCUCUCCUGCAGCGAUCCGUGCAUGGAAACAGAGCCCUCCUUUGAGACUGGGGACCUCUGCAGUGACACCAACCCCGCUCCCAAGCACAAGCAGUGUGGGGAUCCUGGCCCUGGCAAUGACACGUGUGGUUUUCACAGCUUCCUAAACACUCCCUUCAGUAACUUCAUGAGCUACGCAGAUGAUGACUGCACCAACUCCUUCACGCCCAACCAAGUGGCCAGGAUGCAUUGCUACUUGGACCUCGUCUAUCAGAGCUGGCAGCCUGCGAAGAAACCAGCUCCUAUUGCAAUUGCCCCACAGAUUGUGGCUCGGAGCUCCACCUCUGUCACCCUGGAGUGGUUCCCACCCAUUGAUGGCCACUUCUUUGAAAGAGAAGUGGGAUCAGCAUGUGAUCUGUGUGCGGAAGGAAGAGUCCUGGUGCAGUACGCCUUCAGCGCCUCCUCUCCGAUGCCCUGCGAUCCCUCGGGACACUGGAGCCCUCGGGAAGCAGAAGGGCACCCUGAUGUUGAGCAGCCUUGUAAAUCCAGUGUCAGAACAUGGAGUCCCAACUCAGCUGUCAACCAACACACGGUGCCCCCGGCCUGUCCCGAGCCUCAGGGCUGCUACCUUCAGUUGGAAUUCCGCUAUCCCCUGACUCCAGAGUCCCUCACAGUGUGGGUGACAUUUGUUUCCCCUGACUGGGACUCCAGCGGGGCGGUGAACGACAUCAAGUUGCUCACCAUCAGUGGCAAGAACAUUUCUCUCGGGCCACAGAACGUCUUCUGUGACAUCCCAUUGACCAUAAAGCUGGAUGCGGGACAAGUGGGAGAGGAGGUGUACGGGAUCCAGAUCUACACUCUGGAUGAGCACCUGGAAAUUGAUGCUGCCAUGCUGAGCUCUGUCCCUCAGAGCACGCUGUGUGCGGACUGCAGACCCAUCCAGUACAAAGUGGUUCGGGACCCUCCUUUCCAGUCUGGAUCUCCAAUUGUCAUCUCAAACCUCAGCAGGAGAUUUGUUGACACGGAGCUGAGCGAUAGCACCACGUACACGUACCAGGUCAUCAUUGUUUCCGGGAGGGAGGAGAGCGAGCCUUCCCCGGAGCUUGUCUAUAUCUCUGGAAGUGGAUACUGUGGAGACGGGAUUAUCCAAAUAGACUUGGGGGAAGAAUGUGAUGACAUGAACAAGAUCAACGGUGAUGGCUGCUCCCUGUUCUGCCUGCAGGAGUUGUCCUUUAAUUGCAUCGAUGAACCCAGCAGGUGCUAUUUCCAUGAUGGUGAUGGAGUAUGUGAGGAAUUUGAGCAAAUGACCAGCAUCAAAGACUGUGGUGUUUACACUCCCAAAGGCUUCCUGGAUCAGUGGGCUUCCAACGUCUCCGUCUCACAUCACAGUGACCAGCAGUGUCCAGGAUGGGUGGUCAUCGGUCAGCCAGCAGCAACCCAGACAUGUCGAACUAAGGUGAUUGACCUGAAUGAUGGUGUCUCUCAGUAUGCCUGGUAUCCCUGCACGGCCAACUUCCAGUACUCCCACAUGGCACAGACCGUUUUCUGGCUGAAGGCUUUUUUUUCCCAACCUAUGGUAGCUGCAGCAGUCCUGGUUCACUUGGUCACUGAUGGGACCUAUUACCUGGAUCAGAAGCAGGAGACCAUCGGUGUGCAGCUGUUUGACACCAAAGAGCAAAGCCAUGAUCUUGGUGUCCACGUCCUGAGCUGCAGGAACAAUCCCCUGAUUAUCCCCGUCAUCCAUGACCUCAGUCACCCUUUUUAUCACACCCAGGCUGUCCUCAUUAGCUUCAGCUCCCAGUUUGUGGCCAUCUCCGGGGUGGCCCUGCGUUCCUUCCACAACUUCGACCCCAUCACCAUCAGCAGCUGCCAGCGAGGACAGACCUACAGCCCAGCAGAGCAGAGCUGUGUCCACUACUCCUGCGAAGCCACCAACUGCCAGAAGCUGGAGAUUGAGCAUGCACUGCUGGACUGCUCCGGUGGCGGGUGGUACAAUGGAGCCCAAUGCAACGUGAGCUGCAAGGCGGGCUACACUCUGCAGGUCCAGCGGGAUGAUGAUCUCAGCAAGAACCAGAUGGAGUCCAGCAUCACCAUGACUUGCACGGAUGGGAAGUGGAACAAACAGGUGACAUGCGAGCCUGUGGAUUGUGGUGUCCCAGACCAGUACCAUGUCUACCCAGCCACCUUCAACUGCAGCGAGGGGACCACCUUUGGCAAGAAAUGCUCCUUCAGUUGCCGACCUCCUGCUCUUCUGAAAGGAAACAACAGCAACUUGACCUGCAUGGAGGAUGGGCUGUGGUCCUUUCCGGAGGCCCUCUGUGAGCUGAUGUGUCGAGCACCCUCCAUUGUCCCUAAUGCAGAUCUCCAGACAAGUCGCUGCCGAGAAGAUAAGCACAAAGUGGGCUCGUUUUGCAAGUACAAAUGCAAACCAGGUUACCAUGUCCCUGGAUCCUCCAGAAAAGCAAGAAAGCGAGCCUUUAAGAUCCAGUGCACACAGGAUGGCACGUGGCUGCCGGGCGCUUGUGUGCCCGUUACCUGCGACCCUCCUCCUUCCAAGUUUCAUGGGCUUUACCAGUGUACCAAUGGCUUCCAGUUCAACAGCGAAUGCCGGAUCAAGUGUGAAGAUGAUGACAAUCAGUCGGGCCGUGGAAGCAACGUGAUUCACUGCCGGAAGGAUGGCACCUGGAGUGGGUCCUUUCAUCUCUGCAGGGAGAUGCAGGGCCAGUGCACACUGCCCACACAGCUCAACAGCCACCUGAAGCUGCAGUGCGCCGGCGGCUACGGCAUAGGCACGGAGUGCACCACUUCAUGUCUGGAUCACAGUCACGAGCCCAUCCUCCUGCGUGUGAACGAGACCGUGCAAGACAUCCAGCACUGGAUGAACCCUCAAAGAGUGAAGAGUGUUGUCUGCACGGCGGGACUCAAGUGGUACCCCCACCCUUCCCUGAUCCAUUGUGUCAAAGGCUGCGAGCCUUUCAUGGGGGACAACUACUGUGACUCCAUCAACAACAGAGCCUUCUGCAACUAUGAUGGUGGGGACUGCUGCGCCUCAACAGUCAAGACCAAAAAGGUUACUCCCUUCCCCAUGUCCUGUGACCUACAAGGAGAAUGUGCUUGCCGGGACCCCAACGCCCAAGAGCACAAUCAGAAAGACCUCCGUGGCUUCAGUCUUGGGUAAUGCCAAGUGACGUGGAAAGGAGGACCACACUGCUCAAGGCAGGCUAGGAGAGACACCACAUCCCUUUUGGUAUCGUUUUUAACAUUUAGCUGCUCAACUGGAUGGCAUUUCUGCACCAGGGACCCUUAGAAUUCAACCAGUCUGCCUUUAAUUUUUGUCCAAGGAGAACUCAAAAGUAGGGGUUUAUGUAUUAACUCUAUCUUAAAUAGUGAUGAUGAGAAACAAACAACCGAGAGUCAAGUCGAGAAGACUUUUCAUGUAUCAAAACAGCAUGUUAUGCCCACCUAAUCUGAACAGUUCAUAUUUAGAUUCAAGGCGAGAAACAAGCUAUUUAUGUACACAUAUUUAUAGAAAUAAGUAGAGAAAGAGAGAAAGAGUGAGAGAUGAUGAUCAACGCAAAAACACUUUCCCCUCCCCAGCACUCACAAGUCAGACCGUUCAUGGAAGAGGCUGUGCUCUUGGAGGACUCCAAGCUGAGCCUUUUCUGAUGCUGAAUGCCAAGGUAUCGCAUGCUCGGGGCACUGAGAUUGGGGUGGGAUCUCCACAGGGCUGUGGCUCUUGGCAAGUGACUUGCCAGACGCCCAGCCAGCUCGAGAUGUGGGAUGCUUCUGCUCCUCACAGGAAUGCUACUUCCAGCCAGGGAGCUCAGCAGACUGCAGUGGCCUUUCUGUACAGCUCCUCCUUCUCCCCCUGCCCUCAAAUAAGCCAACAAAAAGUCCCCUUGUAGCCUGCAGGGCUGCUAGGAUGUUUCUGUGUGGAGAUGGGCAAAUGGUCCCAUGAUGGAGUCAGGGAGUGGGGAGUCUAAGGACUGGCAUUGAGGAAGGUGGAUGAUUGCUUCUGAGGAGCAGAGAGGGUAACUCGCGCCCGCACUUGUCAUUUGAGCAUGUCUGCUGCUGCUACUCCUGCUGCUAUGUCCCAUACAACUAGUUUCCUUACUGUGUCAGGACAGGGUGAAAAACAACCCCAUGCAACCAAACAGUCUGCCUUAAAGCUUACCUACAACCUGCCUUUCAAACCCUCUGGUCUCUUCCUCAGCAUUGGGGCAAGAAAACAGGACACCAGCCAGCCAAAGGAAUCUGCUUUCUGGUCCUCAUCCAGCCAAGUGGUUCUCUAGACCUCCUCCACCUCCUUGUGGUGGUCUGAAUCUAACAACCGCUUCAUGCUCCUGUUUUCUCAGGAGAGGGGAAGAGCAGGAAGGGGCACGUGCUGUGGAGAAGGGACUGUAGGAGACAGUAUUAGAAUUUUGGCUGUAUUUGUCAGUAUUAAGCUGCCAGGCCAGUGGGUUGAAGACUUCUGAUAGACCAGGAGCUUAGCUGCUUGUAAUCUUCCAGAAGGAAAGGGCAUUAGCUGCAGCAGACCUCACCCUUCCCUAUCGUAUAGCUUCAUCCGUGUUGUGCCAGACCCUCGGCUUAUUUCAUUAUAGGGUUCAUCAUGUUGAGUCACUGAGAUGCCCAGUGCAUCUAGUGCUGCCACUGCUGCUACAACCCAUCCCAAGGGAAUCCCACAGAUCUUUCCAGUGUGGCUUGGGCUUGUUUUCUGCUGCUUCAGGCUCCUGCUAGGAAGGACAUACAUCCAAAAGAGUCUCCUUCUAUUCCUUGGGGCUUUUAUGACUUGUACAAUCAUAGAAUCAUAGAAUGGUUAGGGCUGAAAGGGACCUUAAAGAUAAUCUAGUUCUAACCACAUCUACUGGGUAAAGACAGGCUGGAAAGACUUUUUUCCUAUUCCUGUUUGGUUGAACAUUUAGGCACUGGAGCAAGGCAGAAAGGUAAGGAAAAUAGAGGUGGAUGUAAAAAUGUGGAGGAGAACUAGAUAUGGAAAACUGACAGAGUUGUAGGUGCAAGGCUCUUGUCACCCAAUAUUGGGGUUGUUUUCAUCUGAACAAACCAGAGGUGAAUCUCGAGGACUAAAAUGUAGAGGCCUGGAGAGGUGGUUGUCAUGAGAACGUAAGGAGCUCUGUUGUGAAGCUCCUAGUUAUUCCUGCAGAAGGCUUGGCCAUGGGAGCUGUGCGAUGGCUCUGCACCAUGGGACAGGGGUGCACAGGAAAGGGAGGCGUGGUGGAAUCAGAGCUCCUUCAUGGAAUUAGGCUGAACGUCUGCCAGUGUGGAGAGCAGUGACGAAAACCGGGCCUGGGCAAAAUGUCCACUUUUGCCCCUUGCCAUCUCAUUAACAAUGGAAGUUAAUGGUGAAGAAGUUGCUUCCUUCUGGUCCCUUUGACCUCCUGUUUUGUGUUGGUAGUUUGUUCAUGUGCCAUCCAUCAGAAGAGCUCACAACCUUUCAGACUGCCAAUGUAUCAGGUCCUCAAUGAGGCCUCUUAACGUGAUCUCUCCCCUCCACGCCACCUGGGUUUUACCCUAACAGGGACCCUCAGUUCAGGUCCUGUGUGAAUCCUGAUGGCAGCUCCGUUUCCAAAAUCCCCUUCUUGGUGAUGCAGUUCAGCAUGGAGGAGAUUUUCCAUCUGCUUGUCCCACCUAAGACAUUGCCCACAAGAGACAGGUCUGUAUAAACGUUAUUGCCACUUGCUGCUGUGGGCUUCCAGGAGCUCAGGGCCUGAUGAGCUCCUCUGCCCAGCUAGGGCCAGCCCCUGCUCACUGAGUUGGAGUCCUUCAAGCUCAAGGGAGAUGGUGGCUUCUUGCCAGCAGUUUCACACCUCAGCUUCACUCCUGCAGUCCAGGGGUGACCAAACUCCCUUUCCCAUGGGCUUUCCAUGCUGCUAUUUGAUUUUUAUUUUCCAACUGCUAUGUUGGCACUGUCCAUCUCCUCCAAUGGGAGCAGAAGUUCUGCUCUGAGUCAUGUUAAAUCCAGUAAUCCAAUGGCUUUUUUUUUCUUUGAGAAAAGAUAGCAUUGAGGCAAAGCUUUGCCCUCUGCGUUUCAGGUGCUGUACCGUGCAUCCAGGGGGAUGUGGAGAGGGGAGCCAUGGGGCAUGGACUCAGCUCUUGUUCCCUGUGUUCCCAUGCUGGGGCAAGGCCAGCUGGAUGGCCUUGCAGCAUCUACCACUGUAAGGGCCUUGAAUGCCCAGUGGAGUCUAUAGGAAAGACCCUCCAUGGCUACGAUGGCCAUUGGGUGGGGGUGAGAAGGACAUUUCCCACCAUGUCCACCCGCUGACCCAGUGGCGUAGGUCAACAUCAAACAAGAAUUUGGGAGGAUCAGGAGAGGGUGCUCAUGCUGAUGACAUUUAGCUGCUCAUGAAGUCCAGGUCACAUUAGUGCCAAGAUCUUCUCUGUCAAAGAUAGCGAGCCAAGGCUGCACCCUACCUGGGGCCACCAGCCUGCCUUCUAGCUCUUGGGGUUGUCCAUGGCCAGUGGGAGGGAAAGCUGGAGCAGAAAGCGGUCAGUGGUGCAUGGUGGGGUGGGAAACUCCUAUCAGCUGCUACCCCAAUCCCUCCCCACCCUCUUGCAGACAGGCUGAGCUGGUGUCCUCCUGCUUUUCUUGCAUCUUCCGCUGUCCCCACCCCAGGCUGAGAAAGGAGGAUGGCACCAGAGGACUCUUGGAGUCGGGUUCCAGCUACCUCCCUUCCGGUUUCGGUUUCACUUGGUUGUAACUGUCGGUUUGUUCUAGGUUUUACCUGUGUUUAAGAAAAAAAUAACAACAACAACAAAAAAAAAAAAAAG